GCAAAAGCAACAAAUAUAAAAAAGCAACCCGGUCAAACGUUAACGUGUUGUUGUUGGUAUUGGUCGAUCGCGAGUUAUGAAAGCGCAAGCGUCGUCGCAGCAGCAGCAGCAGCCACCAGCAACACCAACAACACCAGCAACAACAGCCACAGCCACAACACGCAUGUGGCAACAAAACAUAAAUUUUAACAAAAAACGCUAAAACAGAAGAAGAAAAAACUCUACAAAAAAAAAUACCAAGAGAUAUAUACAAAGAAACUUAUUUAGAGAAAUAUAUAUACAUAUAGUUAUACUAUAUAUUUUUGAUAUCAAUAUACAACGGACUAAACUAAAAACAAAAAUAAUCAACAAGUAUCAAAAUGGAUAACCUAAGCGAACAAAGUUCGUCGGCAACAACGUUAUUGAGCUUAAAUCAUCAUCAUCAUCAUCAUCAUCAGCAGCAGCAGCAACAGCAGCAGCAGCAGCAGCAACAACAUCAUCAUCAGAGCACUAAACGUGCCACAAAGGAUGCCACAGUUUGUGUUGGAGUUGCUGUGGAGCCAUCAUCAAACACCACAGGUGGCAACAGCAACGGAGCAGGAGGCGGUGGAGCAAGUCCCAAAAUGGGUUCACGUCGCAUCUUUACACCACAAUUCAAACUGCAAGUUUUGGAAUCCUAUCGCAAUGACAACGAUUGCAAGGGCAAUCAACGGGCAACAGCUCGCAAAUAUAAUAUUCAUCGCAGGCAAAUACAAAAAUGGUUGCAAUGCGAACUAAAUCUGCGAUCAUCGGUGGCCAACAAUCAUCAUCAGCAACAGCAGCAACAGCAACAGCAACAACAGCAGCAGCAGCAACAACAACAGCAGCAGCAGCAACAAUCGGUGGCAACAAAUUCUGCGGUAAAUGUGAAACCGCAUACACAAUUCCACAAUACAUUGGCCCAUCACAUGACGGUGGCCCAUCAUGCUGCUGCAGCCGCUCAUCAUGUCCAUGCCCAUCAUGCCCCACAUCCGCAUCCACAUCCCCAUCAUUCGCAUCAUCAUCAUCAUCAUCAUGCGGCAAUGGCCCAUCACUUGUUGGCCAAUGGCUUCCAUCCACAUCCACAUGCCCUGGCCCUUGCCCAUGUGCCAGUGGUGGGAGGACAGCAGUCGACAGCUGCAGUAGCCCCACCAGCACCACCGACAUUGCCGCCACCAACAUUGAUGCCACAGCCAAGUGGCGAUGGCCUUAUUAUCACAAAUGGCAGUGCAAGUGCCUCACCCUCGUCGUCAUCUGCCUCGACCGCCUCUCAGUUGUCGGCUGCCAAAAUUGUUGCAGUUGUUGCCGCUGUAGCCUUGGCGAAUAGCAACACCAGUAACACCACCGCCGCCGCCAGCACCACCAGCAGCAGUAGCAGUCCCUGCAACAGCAGCAGCAGCAGUAGCAGCAGCCACAGCACCACGACAGCAACAAGUUGCAACAUUAGCUCCACAAUUGCCGCCGCCACCAGCAGCAGCAGCAGCAGCAGCAGCAGCAACGCCAAUACAACCACAACAACCACAUCAAGUGCCAAUACAAUGCCAUAUCAACAUCAUCAUAGUCCAGUUCAAGUGCCAAGCAAUUCCCACAUUCCCUAUGCCGCCUAUCACACAUACCUGCCGUUGGCCCCACCACCACCACAGCAGUCGCAUCCACAUCCGCAUGUUGCUGCCGAUCUUGGAUUGGAGCCACGUCUAAGUCUGGAAUCGGCGCCCACUCCAGCGCCCAUGGACUUGUCGCUGGGACGACGGCAACGACAGCAGCUCCACCACCAACAGCAAUCGGAUGAGAAGCCAUCAUUGCCAUCCGGUGUGGAUUUAUCGUUUCGCAAGCGUAAGGUUCAUACGGAUGCCAUGCAACCGGAUAAGAUGAUCAAGUGUGAGCCCGAUACCGAGAAUGAUGUCGAUGUGGACAUUGUCGAUGUCGAUGUCGAGACAGAGGCUGAGCAGGAGCACGAGCAGAAGAUACUCAAGCAGCAGCAGCAGCAGCAGCAGCAGCCACAACAGAUGUUGCCCUCGAAGCAAGUGAAACUAUUCAAGCCAUAUCUGUUGGAUGAGGAUGAAGCUGCCUCCGCUGCCGAUGACGAGCAGGAUGAGGACGAGGAUGACACUGAUGAGGGAAACAGUGUGGACAAGAAACAACGCGAGCCCAUCAUAUGGAGCAAUCAUCCAUCGACAUAUCCAACAACCGAACGCUUUCAAACGCAGCCAGCUUCCUUCCUAGUGCAACAGCCAUUUCCCGUUGCCGGGAGUCCUCCUCACCACCAGCAGCAGCAGCACCAGCAGCAGUUUCAUGGUGGCAACAGCAAUUGCAGCACCGCCAGCAACAGCAACAGCAACAGCAGCACGCCCCAAACAGUCCACAUCAGUCCGCUCUCACCCACCGGUUUCUGUUGUCCCAAAGGAUCGCCCGUCUCUGGCUACGAGAGCAGCUCAUCCACCUACAGUGACAGUGCUAGCAGCGGAGGCGGUUGCGGCGGCGGCAGCGGCAGCGGCAGUGGCGAAUACAGCCUCAAUUUGCAGUUACAUGCCGCCGUCUACAACGAGAAUCUAAUGUUGAUGCAACAUCAUCAUCAUCAUCAGCAGCAGCAGCAACAGCAGCAGCAGCAACAUCGAUCAACCCAUUUGCAACGUUGGCUAGAUCAGGAGGCGCUGGCCGCCGCCGCAGCUGCUGCCGCUGCCGCAUCAGUGGCUGGCACGCCCCUAAUGUUGGCUCCAGCAUCCGCCUCUGCCACUUCUGCCGUCGGCAGCAACACCCCCAGCCAUAGUCCUCACCUCACCAUGGUGGCCUAAAUAAGAAAAUAUUUGCGAUUCCUUUUGAAUUUAU